CUUUGUUUUUCAUCCCAUUUCUUAGAAAAAAUAAAAGAAAACAGGAAAAAGUGCCACUUUCUUUCGUUAUCCCUUCUCUCUAAUGUGGAUUCAGCAGCAACUGCUGCAACCAGUGCCACCCCACAAACUCUUCCACUCCUAUUCACCUUCAAAUCGUACAAAGAUUCCAUCUUUUGCAAAACUGAAUUCGACCCACAAUACCAAAAUUCACAAUGGAAUUAGGAACGCUAAAAUAACUUUGGAAGAACUUCCCCCAAACGCGCUUCGGAUGAAGAGGGAAGCAGAAUGGAUAGGAGGAUUCUCCCUUGGUAUCGACUUGGGAAUGUCUCGCACUGGCAUUGCAGUCAGCAGAGGCUUCGUUGUUCGCCCUUUAAUGGUUUUGGAACUGCGAGGACAGAAACUCGAGGACCGGAUAUUGAACAUUGCCGAACAAGAGGAAGCUGAUGAGUUUAUAAUUGGACUUCCAAAAUCUUCCGACGGAAAUGAAACGACACAGUCAAACAUAGUACGUAGUGUUGCUGGAAGGCUUGCUGUUCGAGCAGCUGAGAGGGGUUGGAGAGUAUAUCUACACGAUGAACAUGGAACAACAGCAGAUGCCAUUGAUCGAAUGGUCAACAUGGGCUUGAGUAAGUCUACUAAACAGAAGAAACUUGAUGCAUAUGCUGCCACGAUGUUACUUGAGAGAUAUUUCUCGACAUCAGGUAAGAAAGCUGAACUUGUUUUGCCGAAGAAUCUUGAAUUACAAGAAAAACUUAGAAAGGGUCCUCCGGAAGAUGAAGAUUUUUUCUUCGACGAAGAUUGAUUACAGAAUAAAAGAGUUCAUACCAUUCCAUCAUUCUUGUUCACUAAGUUCAAAUGUGCGCGAGGAAGUUGCAAGAAAAGUGGAAGAUAUUCAAAUGGCCGGUUUGGUAUGUUUGGAUUUCCAGUAUAGGAUGUAUGCAGUAAACAUUGAUAGAAUACUCAAUGCUUAGAGUUUUGUUCAUGGCAUUGUGAAUCAACCAUUCGGUACUUCAGGAGUUUAGAUUCAUAUUCAUAUAGUAACUUACAUUAAACCAAUUAUAUUGUGCAAAUUGAGACAUUUUAGUAUGCCAUAAUUCCUCAAGAGACCAGCUUGUGCUACUUUUUCUGGACUAGAGGAAGAAUUGGUAUUGGUUCUGAUGAUUACCGCAGCUAACAUCUCCACAUUCAUAUUUCCCAACUCGUACAGAUGUGCAUCACAAUAAUUUUGUACUCCUUUACAUUCAUCUCUAACUCAUUACACUUGCCUUUGGUGGAUGUUUUUAUCA